CAUAACUCACUCAGAGACCAUAACUCACUCCGAGACCAUAACUCACUCAGAGACCAUAACUCACUCAGAGACCACAACCCACUCAGAGACCACAACCCACUCAGAGACCAUAACUCACUCAGAGACCACAACUCACUCAGAGACCACAACUCACUCUGA